AUGGCCUCCCGUACACUUCGUCCCGCGGUUGGCAUAAAUACAAAGUCCUCAACGACACACUCCACGAUAAUCAAUGGUUGUGAAACUUCGGUUGCCUAUCAUGUGCAGUCAUCGCACAUUGGAGAAGCAUCCUCAAAGGUGGAAAGAGACCCGUUGUGCUUGAACCAUGUUGCACCAAGAGGCGUUGUCGAUGAGUCGGCGAUAUCCCCCAGUCAUACGUGA